AUGGAAAUGUCGAGAGACGACAAAAAGAUGAAGAUGGAGAUAUUGAUAGAUGACGAAAAGAUGAAGGUAUCGAUAGACGACGGAAAGAUGAAUAUACCGGCAGACGACGGAAAGAUGAAGCUGCCGAUAGACGACGGAAAGACGAAGAUGCCGACAGACAACGGAAAGAUGGAGAUAUCGACUGACGACGAAAAGAUGGAAAUGUCGAGAGACGACAAAAAGAUGAAGAUGGAGAUAUUGAUAGAUGACGAAAAGAUGGAGGUAUCGAUAGACGACGGAAAGAUGAAUAUACCGGCAGACGACGGAAAGAUGAAGAUCCCGACAGACGACGGAAAGAUGAAGCUGCCGAUAGACAACGGAAAGAUGAAGAUGCCGACAGACGCCAGAAAGUUGGAGAUAUCGACUGACGACGAAAAGAUGAAGAUGCCGACAGACGCCAGAAAGAUGGAGAUAUCGACAGACGACGGAAAGAUGAAGAUCCCGACAGACGACGGAAAGAUGGAGAUAUACAACAUUACUUGA